AUGAAUAAAUAGAGACGUUAGAAAAUAUUGCCAAUACAAUAGAUUUAGGCUAAACUUAAAUAACUUAAAUAAAGUAUUCGAGCUAGCGAGAUUAAGUCUUUGAGAUCCUCAUGUUUAUUUACUGAAACCACUCCAAUUGAAAAAUUAGAUAUUAAAGCAAAUUAGAAUCAAAAUAACAGUGUAGAUGGAAGGACCAUGUAUGUAAAGCCUUCUUUCAAGAAAAAGAUGAAAACUACUAAAAGGUAAUUAAGGAAAUAAGUAAAGUCCUCAAUCAAUGAAAGUGAAAACAAGUUCAAUGAUUACCCAAUCCAUAACUACAGUAUCUCCAAAGAAGCCAUUAAAAGAUUUAUUAAAAAGUUAUAUUAAAAGCAAAAUUCCGAAAAGUAGAACAACUUCUAAAUCAAAAUCACCUUAAAAGUUAAAAAAAAUCUCGAGUCCUUAAUAAAGAUAGAAUAGAAGUUAAAGCAAAAAGAAGCAAAAAUAAAAACAAAAAACAAUAGUGAGUCCAUAAAUGAAGAAAUCUAAAAAGCAAAAAACCUAAGUGCAAUAUUAUCAACCAUAAAUAAGUAAGAUCAGUUCAAUAAGAUUAAAUACAUUUUCAGUGAGCGAAGAUCCUCAGAAAAUGUUAUUAAAUUCUAUAAUUGAAGAAUUGUAAUUAAUGAAUGAAAAAUAAAUGAUUGAAUUAUAAUAGUUUUUAAAAAACAUCAAAUAAGAGAAAAAAGAUGAAGCCUAAUAAACAAGUAUACAUGAAAAAUUUAAUAUUCAGAAGAAGCAUCAAUAAUUUGCAUUUUAAGAAAGUCUUCCUUUAGAUAUCAUAAAUGAAAUAUGUCAUCAAAGAGAGGAAGGUAUCAAGCUUCGUGUUAAUAUGUAAAUGGAUGCAUUUAACAAUCUCUUAUAAUAAUAAAAAAUAUCUCCUAGAACUUUCAAAAAUAACAAUCAACUUCUUUAAUAAUGGGAAAUCUAAUAAACAGAGAAAUUAUACAAGUAUCAAGAAAAACUUAAGAAUAUCUAAAAUGUUACUAAUAAGAUAUAAUAAAAAACUCAAAAAGACUUGUAAUGUAUACAAGAAUUAUAAGAAAAUAAAUCUGUUGUAGUUUAAUAGUUAUGUACUAAAAUCGAUAUUAUUUAGAGUAAAUUUCAUUCGAAUCAAGUUAUUUAGAUUAUUCUGACCUAUAAUUAAGUACUCCAAAAUAAUAGUAAAGUAUCAAUUUCAAAAGAAAAGACAUUUUAAUAGAUGUUGAAUUUUAACCAUAAUAACAUAUAGUUGAAAUUUAAACUAAUGUUGGAACUAUCAGUUUAUUCGUUGAAGUUCUCUGUUAGUACAUUACUGGUAUAUAUAAUUAUGAUUAAAAUUAGAAACAAAUUUAAAUUCAUUUAUCAAGAGAAUGAAUUAUCCUUUUGGUUUAUAACCUUUCAGUAAAUUACGAAAAAUUCAUGGAUAUGACAUUAUAGAAGAUCCUAAAUAUAAAUAUCCAAUAUAGGAUUUUAUAUUUACAGAAUUAUAAGUACGAUAUUAUCAUAGAAUAAGCAAAAUAGUUCCUUAUAUGAAAAAAUUCAUAAUAGAGCUAUAUUUGAUACAUUUAACCAAAUUCUAAAUUAAUAUCGUCCAUUUUAUUAUUGUAAUGGAUAACCUUAUCCUUGGGAAUAUAAUAGAAAUCUCGUCGUAAUCUUAUACAAUAUUUAAAAUAUCAAUUUAUUGUUAGAAAAAGCUAGAGAAAAACUCAUUUUUUAUGCAUCCAUUUUAUGUGGAUUAAUUAAUGAUGAUGAAGAAAACAAUGAAUAAUUUCUCAAUUAUGAACAAGCAUUAUAAAACUUGGUCAAUUCUGAUUAUUUAUCCUAAUUAAGAAAUGAACGAUUGCAGUUGUGUAUCAAUAACGAAGUAAGAAAAAAACACCAUUAUAUUAUAGAUACAAGAAUAAGAAUACAUGUGGUCAUAUACAGAUACAACUGAAACCUUGGUUGAAAUAACAGAUCACAUUUUCGAAGAUUUAAUAAAUGAACUAAUACUUGAAUUAUAAUGA